GGAACACUUUGAACAACCUUUGAGUCAAUCCACUGUAGACCCGCUUCAUCGCAAGUAAAACGGGCACCAUUUCUCUUUUCUCAAAUCAAUUCUUCGAAAUUUCUGGACCGUCAGCCUUUUUUUGAUUUAUCCUGCAUAGAACGGUCUGAGAUGCAAGGGUCCUAACGCGAAGAAGUACCUACUCGGCGUCGACUUGGGGAAUAUCAGUCGACCAAUUUCCAGAGACAAUGCCCAGCUAGAGCUGGUGAGGGAAGAAAGAAAGAAGGGAGAAAGAAGCUCUUCACCACACAACAUUCGAGACCGAGAUCAACUUUACGACUUGGAAUACGACCUCGACCACGACCUCGACCUUGAGAGUUAUUAUUUACGACUCUUGGAUUAGACGUAUUAAUCUUCCUUUCUUUUAACCUACAUACGUACACAUACAUACUACCUUCCUUAACUUUUUCAUCAUGGCGACGAAACCUAAAAUGGCCGGCAUGCAUACUGCUGGAAUCUUUUCAGAUAUGACGGUUGAUGGCCCAGAAAUUGGUACCCUGGUUGUUAUUGUUGAUCGAGCGAAGAAUCUACCGAAUAGGAAGACAAUUGGCAAGCAGGAUCCCUAUUGUGCAGCACGACUGGGCAAGGAAGCAAAAAAAACAGAGACGGACAAGAGGGGUGGACAAACUCCUCGGUGGUGAGUACUCAAUUGGAAAUGAUUAUUAGGCUCGUUACUAACACGGCUACGUAGGGAUCAAGAGCUACGAUUUACAGUUCACGAUUCACCAGAUUAUUACCAAUUGAAGGUCUCAGUUUUUAACGACGACAAGAGAACGGAUCUGAUAGGGGAGACUUGGAUUAACUUGCAAGACGUUAUUGUUGCAGGAGGUGGACAAAGUGAUGUGUGGCAUAAUUUAAAUUUCAAAGGAAAAUAUGCCGGAGAGAUCAGGGUCGAGAUCACAUAUUACGAUAAGAGGCCUAAACCAGAAAAAUCAGAGAGACCAGAAAGGAAAGAACUGAAACAGAACCAAUCGGCCAUUACACCAUCUACAUCUGCGCAAUCGAUAACGGACUUCGGAAGUAUGAGUGGAAGUGGGAGUACGAGAGAAGGGGUGAGUGGUCCAAGACAAUUCGGAGCGAAAUCCGUGGUUAAGAGACGACCACUGCCAUCUGAUCCCAUCACUGGAGCUCCAGCUCAACCCCCUGUUGCGGCGCCAGCACCUGCCGAGCUUGUUCAUACUCCUUCGCGAGGGUAUCAAGCACCAUCUGCAGUUGAUCAUGUGCAAAUGACCCCUACUCGUGGAUACAGAGAACCUUCUGCGAUACCUGAUCAUGUUCAAACGCCGCCUCGCGGAUAUCAAAAUCCACCAGAUCACAUCCAGACACCACCGCAAGGGUAUCAGAUGUCUUCGAAUGGUAUGCCAGAUCACGUUCCCCGAGGAUACGCAAAUUCGCAUGUAAUUCAGGAUCAACCUUCGCCUCGCGGAUAUCCAGGUCCUGCCAAUAUUUUUGAGCCAAUUCAAUCGCAGCGUGGAUAUCAUAGCCUUAUGAUUGCUCAGGAGCACACACAAACGCCGCGUGGAUACCAGAACGGAUUCGCUCCGGAUCAGUCGCCUCUCCAAAGAGUAGAAUUCAAUGCACCUCAAGCCCGAUAUAAUCAACCUCAAGGAUAUGAUGUAAGUCCAGGAUCAACACCGUAUGGAGCACCUGAGGAUAUGAUAGCCGCGGCACCACAAAGUUCACAGCCAAUGCGAAAUAAUGAUAGAUAUGAAACUUACGACCCAAUGUCCCAGAACGAUUACGAACACGGUCAUGAUAUGAAUCAAUACUCGAACCAGGAAGAGGAUCCUCGCGAUAGAUACAAUGGAUCUCGUAUGAUCAAUUAUGAAGCCCAACAGCCGGGCCCAUAUGAGCUUCCGACGAGCCCCGGUCCCCCACCUCCUCCUCCACCAGCUCAUGCAAGUAAAAAUGUGAGCCCGGCACCACCCCUUGCCCAACCUAGGGCAGUCCAUGGCCGUCCAGUUAGCAGGGGAGAUUCGAAUCCUUACAAUACUUCAAUGGAUGAUAUGCAUCGUCAUUCAAACCCUACAUAUACACAACCUACUCCAUCUUAUCAAGCCUAUAGUCCGUCAAAGGUUGAUGAUCAAUCUCGGAGGUCGGGGAAUGGAAUUCCUCACCUUCCUAGACAUAACUCUUAUGAUUCAAGAGAUUUAAGGUAUAAUGCUGGUCAUGAGGACAUGCAGCCAACCGUUGAGGACGCUCCACCCACUCCAGCACCAGGUCCAGGGCCAAACAGUUAUCAAUCAAUUAUUCCACACAGAGGCAGCGUGUCAAGUGUCAUGCAACAGCAAACUAAUGAGAUGUAUGACCAAGUACCAGCACCGUUGAAUUUAAGGCAUCGACCUAGUGGAAAUAGUGUCGCAACAACUGCUCCCAGUCAUCAACCUUCAAAUAGCUCGGGUGGUUAUGCGGCGUCUAGUUCUAUGUCUUCUAUCAGCCACGGCGCUUCUGUAACCUCGAGACAUUCUUAUGGACAGCUUCCUUCAUCUCGUCAAGAUAGGAGUCAUUCUCUGGGUAUGCAAAGUACUAAUGGAGAUUAUGGUUUACCGGAGAUGCCACCAACUUUGGUGCCAGGAAUGGAUCCAAUCAUUGCUAAGGAAAUAUCGGAUCGAAUCUAUCAGGAGAAGCGAGCAAGUUAUAGCCAAAAUGCUAGCAGCUCGCAACGAGGAAGAUAUCAAGAAAGUUCAAGGAAUCAACCACAGCAGAUUCAACAACCUAUACCUCUUCCCUAUCAUGAUAAUUCUGCUGUUGUACCAUACUCGCCACAAGCAGCGUACGAUGAUCGCCAGGGUCGAUACACUUCUACUGCUAUGGUGCCUGUAAAGCCUAGAGGUGCCUCUCCUAAUCCUGCGAUGGAUAGACGAGGUGCCUCUCCUAAUCCUGCGAUGGAUAGGCGAGGUGUAUCUCCUAAUCCCAUGGAUAGAAGAGGUGUAUCUCCUAAUCCCAUGGAUAGACGAGGCGUAUCUCCUAAUCCUAUGGAUAGAAGAGGGACUUCACCCAAUCCCAUGGCUAGAAGAGGAACUUCUCCUAACCCAUCAGUUAUGCGAAAACCGGUCAGUCCUGCUCCUGAACCUAGAAGGUUAUCCGGUAUUGCAUUUGGGCCGGAUUCGUAUGAUGUUUUCAACCCAAGUCUAGCAGGAUCAAAAUCCGCAACAUCUCUAAGCGCUGCUUAUGAUUCCAAAGACGACCCAGAUGCCAAAAUCAUUACUUAUGAUGGUAGAGAAAUUGAUCCAAGUGAUCAUAUUCCCGAAUCCAAUUAUGCACCACUUCUGGAACAGAAAGGGCCAAAAUACGCGUCCCAAGUGGCAGAUCGCAAUUAUCGAGCUCCGCCAGCAGCACAGCCAAUGCCAUCAACUGGUCGCAAGCAAUUACGUCAAGCGGGGAGACCUCAGUCAAUGGUCGUUUCCUCCCCAAUUUAUUUCAGCGGUGGUACUCCUGAUCACCAUCAAGCUACAGCUCAUAGGAAGCUUCAAAAGAAAUCUAACCGCAUGUCGGCACAACCGGCGUACCAUUCAUCCCCAAAUGUACCAAUCUACAAAGAUCAAAACUACGCAUCUAGUAGAACAUCAAUGCAUAGACCUUCAACUGCAGAAUAUGCUAAUGAAAAUUAUCCGCCGAAUGGUUAUCAAUAUGGAAUUAAUCCUAGUAAUGGAGGGUUUGGGAACGGAUAUAGGGGCUCGGGUUUACCGGUUGUACCGGCAAAAAUUCCAAUGGCCUUACCGGCUCCGGUCAGUAGUGGGACAGGAAGAGGUGGAGCUGGAGAUGCAUGGGCGCUGUUGGAGGAAAUGAAGAAUAUUGACUUGGGCGCCCCAAGUUCGAGAAGGAGAAGGUAUUGAGGUGGAACUCUAGAUUGGAGGUUUAGGUUGAUCAUGGAAGAUGGGAUUGGGUGGGUGAUGAUUUGUUAUAUACUUUGUAUGAUUUGGGAUGGUUAAUUUUUUUUGGUCGGUCGCUUGGUUUCUUUAUACCUUUUUCCGGGAUUUUUACAUCCUUUUACUGCCAUGUAUGUUAGGUUAGAUUGGGGACGGG